GAUCGUCAACGGGAACAGUAUUGAACAACAUAGAUCUUCAUUCCGUAUGUCAUUCGGGUUAUAUCACUGGAGUUUGUAACCAAACUUGAUUUCAUUUUGCAAUUCAAGAUCCUGAUGAAAAAACUUGGGAUUUGGGAGAAGUUAUGUCACAUGGUUGGAAAACUAUCUCCUCAUCAUGGUGCAAACAACAACGCAUCAUCAUCCACAACCAUACUUCGUGCAGGUUCAAAGAGAAAAGGAUCAUUAGUACUUAUUGGUUUCGGUUUCGUCCUUGGAGCUUCAGUUCUUAUUCUAACGAUAUUUUUCUCCAUGUUUCCAUCAGUUAUGAACCCGAUGCUUGAAAAUAAUCUUGCAAAAGUUGAUAGACAAAUUCCAUUGUUAUUUGAUAGUAGUUCUAGCACCACUACUGCUGUUACUAGUACUUUCUCUUCGGAUCCUCUUCAAGAAAACACUUCCCCAGCGAAUCAAACAAUUUCUUCUUCUUCGAAUGCUUCUCAAGAAAAUUUGGACAACUCUUCUCAAGAGGUAUUGAAAAAUUCUACUGCGAGCAAUCAAACCAUAGUUUCUUCUUCGUCUCCAGAGUUAUGGAGAGAUUUCAUACCGACGAAUCAAACAGAAAGUAGUAGCACAUUUACAAACUACUCGAGCAGUGUUGUUUCGGGCAGUGUUCCUAAAGUUGAGGAACUGGUUAUUGCGGAUGAUGAAACAAAUGCUGUUACCGCAACUAGUAAUAUUCCAAGUAACAGAACUGGAACGUACAAUGAGAAACAAGAAAUUGUGAAUGCCAUUUUUUCUCACAGUCGUCAUGAUUGCAAUAUCUUUGAGGGAGAAUGGGUAAAGCCGGCCAAUGACAACAUCCGAGAACCAUUUUAUCCUCCUGGUUCUUGUCCUUAUAUCGAUAGAAAACCUUUCAAUUGUUUCAGCAAUGGGAGACCUGAUGACGCAUUUCUAAAAUUGCAAUGGCAUUGGCAAUCUCAUCCAACAAAUGCUGGAUGCAAGACUAAUUUCCCAAGCCUUCUUAAUGCAUCCGAUUUUCUGGAAAGAUUAAGAGGGAAAAAAGUGGUGUUCGCUGGGGAUUCUCUGAAUAGAAAUAUGUUUGAAUCUCUUAUCUGCAUCCUUUGGAAUGCCGUACCGGAUAAAAGCCGAGUUCAUUGGCUCCCAGGAAGUAUAGAUUACAAGAUACGAGGUGAUAGAUCGUUGAAAUACGAAGAUUACAACUGCACGGUAGGAUUUGUGUGGUCUCCUUAUCUGGUUUUUGAAACAAACCCUCCGAAUCGCCGUAACAAGCUUAACAUGAAUGAACCAGUGACAAUGAGAUUAGACAUGAUUGACGAGCGUGCAUCAUCGUUCUAUCGUGACGCUGAUCUUGUAAUCUUUGAUUCAUGGCAUUGGUGGAUUAAGGAUAAAACUAACAAUGGAAUAAAUUAUUUUCAAGAAGGUGAUUACUUGCACCCGAAAAUGGAAAUGAGCAAGGCCUAUAAGAAGGGUCUUACUACUUGGAGGAAAUGGAUGGACAAGAACAUUGACCCUAAUAAAACCCAAGUUGUUUUCAGAGGAUAUUCAGUUAACCAUUUCCGUGGAGGUAAAUGGAACACUGGCGGGAAGUGCAACAGAGAAACGGAACCGACCAUGAGCAAUGAAACAUUUGUAGAGAAGAAUCCAUCACAGGUGAAAUUACUGGAAGACACAAUUCGGAAAAUGAAGAUUCCUGUCAUAUACUUGAAUGUUACGAAACUUACUUACUACAGAACUGAUGGACACCCUUCGAUUUACGCAAAUUACAUGGCAACGUAUGAAGAGAGGAUUGCAGCUGCAUUGACUCAUCAGGAUUGUAGUCACUGGUGCUUGCCUGGUAUACCGGAUACAUGGAAUGAACUCUUGUAUAUUUCUCUUAUGAGGGCUGGUAAAGGAUCUUUUGCUCGAUGACAACAGUAAUCUGUAACAAAGUACUGAUCAACAUUGCAGGAGUUAUUACAGUUCCCGUGGUUAGAUUUUCAGCCAUGGGUCUAAUUUGUGCCUCGUGUACGAAUCGUGCUAUAGAUACUUUUGUUAUUUAGACAUUAGUUGAAUGUUAAACGGCUAGUUGCUUUGUCGAUUUUGCCAAGUCUAGCAGACCUUUUAUAUAUUGGAAAUGCUCAAAGAGCUACGGUACGACAA